UCAGCUCUUAUAUUUACUCCUCUUAUAUCCACGUCUCAAUAUCUUGACCGGGUGCUGGUUUCAUUAUAUAUAAGGCAGUCUAAUUAUUCGGUAAAAUUUAUUCGGUAGACUUUAUUUGUUAGGAUGAAGUUUUUGUGUGUCGCUCUGUUUGUACUCCUGGCUUGUGGGGCCAUGGGGGCCAAGUCCAAAAGUCCUAAACAACAAUUUGUCAAAGCCCACAAAACUAAACGUAAGCUGCACGGUACUAGAAAGUUGGGAUGGGAUGCUGAUAUAGCAACGGUCGCUCAGAAAUGGUGCGACUACCUCCGGGACAACAACUUGCUCGAGCACAGUCAAGGGAGUGGGUAUGGAGAGAACUUGUACAAGUCCUGGGGUACCAGUUCUGACGGAGCUGCAACAAGAGCGGUGGAUAGUUGGUACAAUGAGAUCUCGGACUACGAUUACGCUAAACCAGGAUUCUCCAUGACAACAGGCCACUUCACACAGGUUGUCUGGGAGAGCUCCAAAAAGGUGGGAUGCGGUAUCUCAACAAAAGACUCUGAAACCUGGGUCUGUUGCAACUACGAACCUCCUGGUAACUACGGAGGACAGUACGCGAAUAACGUUCUUCCACUUAAGACAGUGGCCUAAAACCUUUGGAGUCUGGAGUACCGAGCAUAAAAUAUUACUUAGGAGGGAAAGAGGACUUUAGGAAUGAGCUUACUGUACUCAUUUAAUAUGAAUAAUGUAAUUUUCUUCGAUUACUUUUAUUAGUCAAA